AUGAGCUCGCAAGGAAUAACUCGCAAGAGACCUGCACCGGGAACAGUACCCCCCGUUCAUCCUCAGAUGAACCCUGUACCGAACUUUCCGCCCACUGCAAACCCCGGAUCUCAGCUCUCGAACGAUCAAUUCUUACAAUGGGGCCAGAACCCCCCCCCGUCAAUGCCAUCAAUACCUCCGCCUUCUCCGAUUCAUCCUACAACCCUGUGGGCUUUGCGCCACCCCAAGAUGUGUCCGCACCGGCUGCGACAGCAUCUAACCAACUCGCCCGCCGACAAGCGAACCAGGUGGUCAGCCGGAACCGUGGCUACGACCAACCUCCUGCUUCAUAUGUGGAAAACGGAGGAAACAAUGGAAGUGGAGAGAGCGGGGCAUGGGGGGGAGUCUCUCGAGGAGCUCUACCGGCGAGCCUUGACUGCGAAAAGAGAUUCACAGGCAAAACGAAAGCAAAUCCCGCCAUUUGUACAGAAAUUGAGCAGCUUCUUGGACGAAUCCAAGAAUACGGAAUUGAUUCGAUGGUCGGACGAUGGCAAUUCCUUCGUCGUCCUAGACGAGGAUGAGUUUGCGAGAACCUUGAUUCCCGAGCUCUUCAAACACAAUAACUACGCCUCAUUCGUCCGACAGCUGAACAUGUACGGCUUCCACAAGAAAGUCGGACUUUCCGAUAAUUCAAUGCGCGCCAGCGAACGGAAAAACAAGAGUCCUAGCGAAUACGCCAACCCUUAUUUCAAACGAGGCCACCCGGAUUUGCUAUGGCUCAUUCAGAAGCCAAAGAACACCGGAGGCGGUGGACAUGCGAGCAAACCUAGCAAGGGCGCCGCGCGCGUGAAGACGGAGGAUAUUGAUGAUAAUGACAUGGACGAUUAUGCUGAAGAGGGUGCACCGGCUGCUCGCGAUAACCGUGCUCCCCGGCCACAGCAAUUGUCAUUAGUCACGGACAGCUCUGUACCCAACGAUCAACUUGCUGGGGUAUAUCGCGAACUCCAGGCGAUUCGUCAACAGCAGUCAAUCAUCUCAACCACAAUCACCAGGCUGCGGAAAGAACACGAGCAACUCUAUGCGCAGGCAGCCAAUUUCCAGGAGCAACACACCCGCCAUGAGAACUCCAUCAAUGCCAUUCUAACAUUCCUUGCAACCGUAUAUAACCGAAGUUUGCAGGGAGAGGGUGGGCCACAAAACCUCGCAAAUUCUUUCGCAGGAGCCAUUUCGCAGGACCAAGGAAACAUUGUGGAUGUUGAUGAUGACUAUCUUACCAAUGCUCUAGGAUCAAUGACUAGCCCCAGUUCCCAAAGAACAAUGAAGAAGCCGCCGCUGCUUUUGAAGGCUCCGCCCGCAGCGGAUGCGUAUGCCCGGUCCUCCACAAUUUCACCGUCAGCCAGUGGCUCCUAUGACACGCGGUCUCGGGGCCAUACUCGGCAACCCAGCGCCAAUCAGCACGGCCAUGUGGAGGAGGUCUUUGACCACAAACUCUCCUCAACGGGACAUUAUGUCUGUAAUCCAAAACUCCAAUGCACGCAACGGGCUCUCAACGAACUUUUCCGAGUUCCCCAAUGUGCUCUCCUCCUCGAAAAUCAUGGUGGUAAUGUUCCCCUCACGGCAAACCAACGCGCCGAUAUGCUUCGACUCAUGGCCAACGAAACAAACUCAUCAGAACCCAACGCUGGCGUGUCCCCUAACAAUGCGCUCAUCUCGCCGAAUCCACCGCCCAUGCCGCACAACUACUCGGGCAGGCUAGCUAGCACACGACAAGAAAUCGACAACCUAGUCAAGAUGCAAGCCGAGCAGGAUCGUUCCGUCCAGAACUUGACUAGUCUUCUCCAGCCGUUGAGCCCGAAUGGCACCAUCCCCGGUAUCGACAGUGAGGGCAAUGUACCUCCUCCGCCGCUUGACCUCGACCAAAUCUUUAACAACGACUACUUCACCGACAUUGGAGACGCAGGUUCCGAUAUGAAGAAACAGGCCGAGAAUCCACUGAGCCACUUGGGGACAGGCCAGAACACGCAAGAUCCUGUGGGGGCCACCCAAGGCGAUGACGGAGACACCAACGACUUGUUCGAUUUCGAUCACAUCCCCGCGGAGCCUGAGCUCUUCGAAACCCCCAAUAAUGGGCAGGGCGAUUCGACCUACAACUACGGCUUUGACGGUGCCGGCUACGAUGAAUCAGGGCGUGUGAUCGAGCAACUGACGGAUAGCGAAACCACCAGUCCUGCAGCCACGGAGAAUGCAGGCGAAGCUGUAAAUGAUGGUGGCAGCGCGACGAAACGGCGCCGAAAGGCGUGA